AUGAACCAUUCGCAAUGGCAUGAAUUAGUAUGCAUUAUCUGCUUGAGCAUAGCAACUGCCUUGCUUAUGACCGGAUAUGAUACUCAGUCAUCUAUUGUGGAAUCAAUUCUUUAUUCUGUACACAUGAGGGAGCCCAAACAAAUUGAUAAACACGCUGGUUACUACGGGCAAUCAGUUCUCUAUGGUUUCUACACCGUGUCCAACUUGUUUGCCCCUUGGGUCUGCUACCGUGUUGGCUCGAAGUGGACCCUAUUUCUUGGGAGUUUGAUGUUUACCACUUACCAAGCUGGAUUUUUCAUGCUAAACUCUCAUUACUACUAUGCCUCACAAGCCCUUAUGGGCAUCGGCUUUGCACUGUACUACUCUGGACAAGGUCUUUAUAUGUCGGAACACUCGACUAAAAGCACAAUCACUAGAAAUUCCACUAUGAUCAGUGCAAUAGCGAAUUGCAGCAUGCUAGUUGGAGGAGUUAUUUUGUUUAUUAUUUUUUACAUCAAGCAAAAAAGUAAUGGAGGUGAUGUAAAAGGAGAUGGAGAUAAGCCAAAUUAUCGCGAUGUUGAAGAAUUUGAAAGUGUUGACAAGACGAAGCUGCAAACCCAAAUAUCGAAUCUUCUCGACACCGCGUGGGAGCCCAGAAUGUUUUUUCUAACAGCAUUUUUUGCCUUUUACGGUUUCCAUAUCUCGUUUUUGCUUGGAGCUUAUCCAGCAACAUUUGCUUUUUCGAGACUUCUGUCAUCGAAUGUUUAUUUACCAGCUUACUACAACUUUAUGGUGGGAUUGGGAGAUGUUUUAGGUGGUUUCUAUAUUGCAUUCUUCGACACUCGUUUCUCAAAUUUUGGUCUUAUACCAACAAUGGUCACUGAAAUUGUGCUGAGUGUCGUCAUGUAUAUCCUUACAAGUGUAUCAACAGCUAAUCUUUCUACUAUACAAGCUAAUGAUGAUACAUCAAUGUGGAUCACCCCAUCAGUUCCUAUUUGUUGCUUCCUUGGACUCUUGCAUGGUAUGAUAGACUGCUGCUCGAGCACCAUGCGUGCGCUUAUCUGCACGAUUGCUAUCCCACGUAAACGACUUCAGGCAUACUCUUUGGCAAAACUCUACCAGUCAGCUGCGUCUUGUCUCGCUUAUUUUCUGUCACCACACUUGACUGUACGAGCUUGGAUGGUUGCUUUAACAGGAAUACAAAUCUUCUCCGCGGCUGGUUUCGUCAUUGUUGCAAAACAAAUCACCAGAGAAGGAAUUCUGAAGCAACAAAAAUGCUUAGAAAAGUUGAAUCAACCCUCCGAGUCAUCAUAACACCUUCGAGUAUACACAUAAGAUAUUACCUGACAAAGC